AUGGCGGGCAAAAAGAAGGCGCGCGGCCAUCGAGGCGGAGGCGGCCGCGCGGGGGCCGGGCGGCAUCGGCGGGACGAGGAGGAGGAGGACGAGGAGCUGCGCGCGCAGCAGCUCGACGAGCUCACCGCCAUGUACGCCCCGCCGCACCCCUGUCAACGGACCUCCGCCAUCUUCGCGGACGACUUUGAGCUGCGCGCGGAGCGGCCGCUGGUGGAGUAUGCGCUGCUGCUGCGCCCGCACUACUCCUUCGCCGCCCACGCCAACCUCGACGCCGUCUCCCUCCACCUCGUCGUCAGGCAAGCCCCUCCCCAGGCAAGCCCGCCCCCAGGCAAGCCCGCUCCCAGGCAAGCCCGCUCCCAGGCAAGCCCGCUCCCAGGCAAGCCCGCUCCCAGGCAAGCCCGCUCCCAGGGAAGGUCGUGGUAUGUGGCAGGAUAUCCGAGGCGGGCGUUGAAGCUGCGAGUGGAGGCGCGGGAGGGGCUGGAGCAGGAGGACGUGGUGGAGCUGGUGGCGCUGCUGCACGACCAGGUGGGGUCAGGCCAGGGCACAGGGGGUGCAUCCGAUGGCUCUGCCUCCCACACCACCACCCCCUCCACUGCCCCCUCACCAUCCAGCAGCGCGUGGCCGCUGGGGUGUUCUGCCGUGACCCUGUCAGCGUCGGGGGGCGGGGAGGAGGACACUCAGGGGUCGGUGGGCGAACUAAUCCGGCGAGUGAGAGAGGGGCUCAGGAGCAUGCAGGUGCUGGCCGAGGUGGAGCAGCUGGUGGGGCAUCAGAGGAGCACGGCGAGGCACAGGGGAUCAGGGGGCGGGCGCACGCAGCAGGACGGUGGUGGUGAUGGAGGGGAUGAGGAGGAGGGGGAGGAGGACGAGCAGAGUGAGGAGGAGGAGGAGGAGGAUGAUGAGGAGGAGGAAGAGAGUGAAGGAAGGAGUUUUUCAACGGAUGGAGGGACGGCAGUGGGUGCAGAUGGGAGGGAUGCAGCGCAGGGAGCCACUGCAACUGCAGCUGCGGCUCACCUACUGCGCAUGGUCACCAGCCACAACGGCCCUCUGCCCCACGCCCUGCCUGCCCUCGCCUCUCAGCUGCACGCUCUUGAGGUGAUACCGCAGUGGGUGGCGGAUCUGCUGCACCAUGAUCCGCGCCUCAUCGACCGUGCCUUCCACCGCGUCUUCAGCAAGCCUGCCCGCCGCCUCACUGCGCACGCCCAUGCAGACCCAUCCGUGCAACGGGCGCUGCAGCGGUUCUGGUCGGCCAGUGCGGAGGGCGAGGGCAGCGCUGCAGAUGCAGCAGCACAGGCGUCGGGGUCGCGCUACCUCUCAGACUUCGAGGAGGUCGCCAUGCUGGGCAAGGGCGGGUUUGGGUCGGUGGUGCUGUGUGUGAACAAGCUGGACGGGCGCAAGUAUGCCAUCAAGAGGAUUCCCCUCCGGGGCAAGAGCCCCGCCCUCAACUCCAAGAUCCUCAGGGAGGUGGCGACGCUGUCACGGCUGCAGCACCAGCACGUGGUGCGCUACUACCAGGCCUGGUUCGAGACCGGGGCCGGCCGCUCCACUCGCCACCUGCCCGCGCACACCGACACAGACAGCAUGGAGGGCAGCGCGAGCCCCACUGCGAGCACGUCGCUGGCGUCGGCAUCGGAGUGGCUCACUCGCGAUGCAGACCUCACCCACUCCCACAGCUUGCCGGGGGGGAGGGACGGCAGGAAUGGGGGUGAGGCGGAAACGACGUACCUGUACAUUCAGAUGGAGUACUGCCCCAGGUGCGUUCAGAUGGAGUACUGCCCCAGGUGCGUUCAGAUGGAGUACUGCCCCAGGUGCGUUCAGAUGGAGUACUGCCCUAGGUGCGUUCAGAUGGAGUACUGCCCUAGGACGCUGCGGCAGGUGUUGGAGGCGAGGGGGGGGGACGAGGUGGAUGGCGCGUGGGCGUGGAGGGUGGUGCGGCAGGUGGUGGAGGGGCUGCUGCACGUGCACGGGCAGGGCAUCAUCCACCGCGACCUCACUCCCAACAACCUCUUUGUUGACCCGCGUGGGGACAUCAAGAUCGGCGACUUCGGCCUCGCCAAGUUCUCGGAGCUGGGGGAGGGGGUCGAUGCUGCAGACGCUGGAGAAGAGGCAGAAAGGGAAUUGAGUCCCGAAGGGGGUGCAGAAAGGGGGGGGAGGGAAGGGGGCCCCAUGGGGGAGAGGCGGCAGUCGGCGACGGGGCAGGUGGGGACGUACUUCUACACGGCACCCGAGGUGGAGCAGGGGUGGGCGCACGUGGACGACAAGGCAACUGGGUGGGGUGGGCAGGUGGACAUGUGGAGUGUGGGCGUGGUGCUGCUGGAGUGUUGGCACCCCUUCCACACGGCCAUGGAGCGCGCUCACACGCUCUCAGCCCUCAAGCUGCACCGCACCAUUCCACAUGAGUGGGCGCUCAAGCACCCCCAGGUGGCAGAGCUGGUGAGGCGGCUGCUGAGUCCGCUACCCAGUGACCGCCCGUCAGCAGCAGAGGUGUUGCGAUGCGACCUCAUGCCGCCGCGCAUGGAGGAUGAGGCGCUCAACGGCAUACUGAGGGCCAUCCAGGCGCCGGGGGACGACUCCUCCUCCUCCUCUACUUCCUCGUCGGCGGUGUACGACCGCGUGCUCGCCGCCAUCUUCGCCCGCCUCCCCGCCACGCCUCCCUCCUCCGCGCCCACCCCGCCACCUGUGCGCACGCUGCAUGGGGGGGCCGGGGAGGAGGAGGAGUGGGAGCGGGGGGCGGUGCAGUGGACGGGGGCGAGGGAGGCGUUCAUGGCGGGCGUGCAGUGCAUCUUCCACCGCCAUGGCGCCCUGCGCUCCGACACACGUGUCGUUGACUUUGCCUAUCCCGACCGCCGCACCCAUGAGCUGGCGGUGCGGGUGGUGGACGCACAGGGCUCGCUGCUCUCACUGCGCUACGACACUCGACUCACCUUCGCCCGCUGGGUCGCCGCCACACAGACCUCGUCUCUGAAGCGCUUCCAGUUCUCCUCUGUGUUUCGCCGCGCUCCCGGUCGCCGCCCCCCUCAUGAUUAUCUGCAGGCAGACUUUGACAUUGUGGGAGGGACGCCGGUUCUGGCGGAUGCUGAAGCCAUCAAGGUGGCGGUGGAGGUGGUGGAGGGGAGUGGGGCGGCAUGGGGGGCGGUGGAGGUGCGGCUGAACCACCGCGACCUGCUGUGCGCCAUCUGGCAGUGGGCGGGGGUCACACGCCCGCAGGUCGCCAGUGUCGCCCAGUUGCUGGCGCUGCUGGGCGGCUCUCCCCCCACAGCCCCCUCCCGCAAGGCCGCGUGGCCUCUUGUUCGCCGCCAGCUGCUGCAGGGAGUGGGGCUGGGUGAGGCGGUGGUGGAUCGCCUGCAGGCGGUGGAGAAGCGCUUCAGUGGGCCAGCAGACGAUGCCAUGGCGCGCCUCGCAGGGGCGCUGCCACCAGGCCCACUGGUGGCGGCGGCACUGGGCGAGCUGGGAGAGCUGCUGGCGCUGCUGCGAGUGUGGGGCAUCCACCCCGCGUGCACCACCAUCGACGCCCUCAUGGCGCCCUCCCACCACUACUUCUCCAAAUGCUUCUUCCAGGUCCACGCAAGGCACCUGCCGUCUCAACCUCCCCAUCACCAGCACCAGCAGCAGCACCCCCUAAACCCUAUCAGCACCCAGCGCACCACCCUGCCCUCUGAUGCUUCCUUGCCUGGCGCUCGCUCGCUCUCCGCCUCGCCCCCAUCCGCCCUGGCCGCCCCGUGGUCGUCCUCGCCGCCCCUCUGCGUGGCUGUGGGCGGCCGCUACGAUGCCCUGCUGCUCCACCUCUUCUCCUCUGCUGCCGCUGGGAGAGGAGCGAGCUCUCGGGCAAGAGGGGCAGGAGGCAGUGGGGGGGGCAGUGGGGGGGGGAGUGGGGCGGUGGGGUUCAGUGUGGCGCUGCACAAGCUCAUGGCGCCGUCACACCCAACCACCCACCACACUUCCAGGCAGGCAGCGGUGGAUGUGCUCGUGUGCGCCAGGGGAGGGGCGGGGCUGCUCAGCGAGCGGAUGGAAGUUUCUGCGCGGCUGUGGGCGGCAGGAAUCAAGGCGGAGUAUGUGAGUGUGCGGGCACCCAGCCUGACGGAGCAGUAUGAGCACGCACACGAGCACGGCAUCAAGUGGCUCGUGCUUCUCACCGAUGCCGGCCUGCACACCCACUCUGCCAAGGUACGGCAUCUAGAUUUGAAGACGGAGGAGGAAGUGAGCCUUGAUGAUUUGGUCAAGUUCUUCCUCGACGCCCUGCCGUCUCUACCCACUUCUCGCCGCCGCGGGGCCACAGCACCAUCUGGUUCUGGCGCUGCUUGA